AUGAGGAUUUAAUCUAUGACUCACUGUACAUAUAUUUUAUAUUUCAUGAAUAAUAAGGAAAAUCAUGCUGAAUUCUACACAGGUCCCAUUUUUCACUCUUGCUGCUUACUUUGAUACCAAACAGUUUAAAUACUUAUUGUUUAUGCUUGUCCUGUGUCUGUAUGCUCUGAUUAUUGGCUCCAACGUCCUGCUGAUCGCGGUGAUCUGUGUGAACCGGAGCUUACAUGAACCCAUGUUCCUGUUCCUCUGCAGCCUGUUUGUGAACGAACUGUUUGGUAGUUUAGGUUUGUUUCCCUUCCUGCUGGUCCAGAUCCUCUCUGACGUUCACAUCAUUCCUGCUCCGCUCUGCUUCAUGCAGAUCUUUUGUCUUUACACAUAUGCAAGCACAGAGUUUUUUAACUUAGCCAUCAUGUCUUAUGACCGAUAUCUGGCCAUCUGUCAUCCUCUGAACUAUCAUUCUUUGAUGACCUUGAAGAAAGUUGCAGUUUUUAUUACAGCAGCCUGGAUAGCUGCCUUCCUGGUAGUUUCUUGUACAACAUCUUUGAGCUUCUCUCUGCAGCUCUGUGGAAACGUCAUUAACAAAAUGUACUGUGACAACUACUCUAUAGUGAAACUGGCCUGCUCUGACAUUACAGUCAAUAACAUUUAUGGCCUUAUUAGCACUGCUCUCUGUGUUUUUGGUCCAGUAGGGAUAAUCCUCUACACCUACAUGAGGAUCCUGAAGGUUUGUUUUUCUGGGUCCAAACAGACCCGGCAGAAAGCCGUCAGCACCUGUACCCCCCACCUGGCCUCGCUCAUCAACUUCUCCUUUGGUAUUUGCUUUGAGGUGAUGCAGAGCAGGUUUAACAUGAGCAGCGUUCCUAAUAUUAUCAGAGUAUUGUUGUCAUUGUACUAUGUAACAUGUCAGCCAUUGUUCAGUCCUGUGAUGUACGGGCUGAAACUGUCCAAAAUACGUAAAAUGUGGAAACGUUUGUUUUGGAAAAAAAUGAGGUAA